AUGGCCGCGCCGCAGGGGCGAGGGCGGGGCCCGGCGGAGGCGGGGCCCGGUGGGGAGGCGGGGCCGCGGGGGCGGGGCCGGGAGCGGUCCACGCGCGCCGCGUGGCAGCGGGGACGCGCAGGCGCGGCCAUGGCGGCGGCGGAGGGAGCGGAGCGGGACGAGCCCCGGGACGGAGCCCAGGACGGAGCGCGGGACGAGGUCGCGGCCGGCGCUGAGGAGACGGUGAAGAUCAUCUGCCUGGGCGACAGCGCCGUGGGCAAGUCCAAGCUGCUGGAGCGCUUCCUGCUCGACGGCUUCCGCCCCCAGCAGCUCUCCACGUUCGCGCUGACGCUGCACCAGCACCGCGCCCGCGUGGGCGGGCAGGAGGUCCUCGUGGACUUCUGGGACACAGCGGGCCAGGAGCGGUUCCAGAGCAUGCACGCCUCCUACUACCACCAAGCCCAUGCCUGCAUCAUGGUGUUUGAUGUGCAGAGGAAGGUCACCUACAAGAACCUGAACAGCUGGUACCGGGAGCUGAGGGAAUUCCGCCCGGAGAUUCCCUGCAUUGUGGUGGCCAACAAGAUCGAUGCGGAUAUGAAGGUGACCCAGAAAAGCUUCAACUUCGCCCGGAAGUUCAGUUUGCCCUUUUACUUCGUGUCUGCUGCCGACGGCACCAACGUGGUGAAGCUCUUCAACGAUGCCAUCAGACUGGCCCUGGCUUACAAACAGCACUCAGAAGACUUCAUGGACCAGGUCCUGCAGGAGCUGGAGAGCUUUGACCUGCAGAAGACGAGCAAGGAUUUAUCAGAUGAAGACUGCCCUGAAGAGGAACCCCCAUCUGCCUGAGCCCAGACCCUGAGCCUGGUUUUCGUUUGCCACUGCACCCUGAGCCCAGUUUCCCUUGGCUGGAUUUCUGGGGCCUGCACAGUGAUGUUCCUCGUGCCCCAGAGCUGUGGUGAUGGGCAGCUGGGCCUCUCCACUUCUUGUGGGAGCCCUUCUGGGCAGGAUCUCCCUUGGCUUGACCCUUGGCACUGCACAUCUUCACUCAAGUUGAAGAACGAAUGUGAACAGCCCAGCAGACUGACAGACAGAGCAGGGACUUCCCCAGCCCGUGGGUGCACUGAGCAGGGCUGAAAACACAGUUAAUGAGGAACACAGAAACUUUAUUUCAACACCUGGGUCAGGUCAGCGUCGGUGCAGGUGCAGCAGAGCAGCGUGGGCAGGACAGAGCAACCUCUGGCCCCAAGGCUACCUUUAUCCCAGCAGGAAAUGGCCGUGGUCCACUGUAGCCCUGGAUCCCCCUCAUCCUGCUGCUGCUUAAGCCUUUUUAUCUUUCAGGAAGUGCAGGAACUCCUGCAGCAGGUUCAGGAAUGGCACCAGGAGCAGGAGUGGGAAUGCCGUGGGCAUUGACAAGGCCGAGGAGGUCGGUGCCGGUCUCUGGCUGUGCUUGGGGAUCAAGCUGAUGUCUGGCUCUGGCACCAGCUUCAGGUCCUGCUCAGGGGUCAGGCUGAUGUGUGGCUCUGGCUCUGGCUUCAGACGCUGCU